AUGCGUCGGCAUAACAGAAAUCCUUCACCCAGAUACUCAGUUAUCAGAGAAAAAUCUUCAUAUACGGAGAGUGAAUCGGAGAUCGCGAAAGGAAAUCGAUACAGAGUCGAUCGAUAUUCAAGGGAAAGGGCUUCUCCCGAUUAUAGGGAAGAAUUUCCGGACGGAAGAACGAAGAGCCCAAGAGAUCCCUUUAAUACUCUUCUUAUCAGAAGAUUUUCAUCAAAAUUAGAUGAUUCGGCUAUUCAGGAGUAUAUUUUUAAUGAUUUUGAUAGAUUUGGCGAACUGUCUGUUAGGAUGGGCACUUAUGCCGGCGAGCGCGCCGCCUUUAUUAACUUCAAGUAG